AUGAACGAAGUGCCCGGACCUGUAAUAGCAGUGCACGGACCUGUAAUAGUGCACGGACCUGUAAUAGCAGUGCCCGGACCUGUAAUAGCAGUGCCCGGACCUGUAAUAGCAGUGCACGGACCUGUAAUAGCAGUGCCCGGACCUGUAAUAGCAGUGCCCGGACCUGUAAUAGCAGUGCCCGGACCUGUAAUAGCAGUGCACGGACCUGUAAUAGCAGUGCCCGGACCUGUAAUAGCAGUGCACGGACCUGUAAUAGCAGUGCCCGGACCUGUAAUAGCAGUGCCCGGACCUGUAAUAGCAGUGCACGGACCUGUAAUAGCAGUGCCCGGACCUGUAAUAGCAGUGCACGGACCUGUAAUAGCAGUGCCCGGACCUGUAAUAGCAGUGCCCGGACCUGUAAUAGCAGUGCCCGGACCUGUAAUAGCAGUGCACGGACCUGUAAUAGCAGUGCCCGGACCUGUAAUAGCAGUGCACGGACCUGUAAUAGCAGUGCACGGACCUGUAAUAGCAGUGCACGGACCUGUAAUAGCAGUGCCCGGACCUGUAAUAGCAGUGCCCGGACCUGUAAUAGCAGUGCACGGACCUGUAAUAGCAGUGCACGGACCUGUAAUAGCAGUGCCCGGACCUGUAAUAGCAGUGCCCGGACCUGUAAUAGCAGUGCACGGACCUGUAAUAGCAGUGCACGGACCUAUAAUCGCAGAGCACGGACCUAUAAUCGCAGAGCACGGACCUAUAAUCGCAGUGCCCGGACCUGUAAUAGCAGUGCACGGACCUAUAAUCACAGUGCACUGA